UUUAUUAGGACUCCAGUUUAUUAGGACUCCAGUUCAGUAGGACUCCAGUUCAGUAGGACUCCAGUUCAGAGGGACUCCAGUUCAGAGGGACUCCAGUUCAGUGGGACUCCAGUUCAGUGGGACUCCAGCUCAGUGGGACUCCAGCUCAGUGGGACUCCAGCUCAGUGGGACUCCAGCUCAGUGGGACUCCAGCUCAGUGGGACUCCAGCUCAGAGGGACUCCAGUUCAGUAGGACUCCAGUUCAGUAGGACUCCAGUUCGGUAGGACUCCAGUUCGGUAGGAAACCAGUUCCUUAGGACUCCAGUUCGGUAGGACCAGUUCAGUAGGACUUCAGUUCAGUAGGACACCAGUUCGAUAGAACUCCAGUUCAGUAGGACUCCAGUUCAGUAGGACUCCAGUUCAGUAGGACUCCAGUUCAGUAGGACUCCAGUUCAGUAGGCUAAUAUUCCAGAGCAAUUUUUUGUCAUGUCAUGUCCUUUAAAAGUACGGCCUGUCAUAUGUCUUCCCUACACUGACUCUCCCCCAUGCCCCCAGCCCCUCUCCCAAAGUACCCUGCCCCUCUCCCCAUUGUCCCCUGCCACUCUUCCCGAUGCCCCCUGCCCCUCUUCCCACACCCAGUGCCCUUCUCCCCCACACCCCCUGCCCCUCUCCCCCAUCCCACCUGCCCCUCUCCCCCACAAACCCUCCACUUCUCCUCACAGCGUUUCCUACCUUCCCGGAGGAUGUGAUACCUCUGAUGACAGCCAGGCAGACGAUGAUCCAGGCCACCAGCAGAGACAGGGUCAUCUUGACGUUCAGGCCACCGCUGUCUGCGAUGGUGCUGAUAGUGUUCAGGGUCUGGCGGUACCAGAACGUAAGAACCAUGCUCACUGGUGGCUGACUGUCUCAUACUGCUGAGACAGGUAAGGGGCAGAGGAGAGGAGAGGAAAGGAGAGGAGAAGUGAGGAAAGGAGAUCAGAAGAGAGGAAAGGAAAAGAGGAGGAGACGAAAAGAGAAGAGAGAAGAGGAGAGGAAAGAGAAGAGAGGAAAAGAGAAGAGAAGAGAGGAGAGGAAAAGAGAGGAGAGAAAAAGAGAAGAGAGGCGCUGAGUGAUUUUAUUAUCACCACUUCUAAUCUAAUAGAACCUUAGAGGACUUAAAUCUGUGUCAUGUUCUGACCUUAGUUCUUUUGUUUUGUCUUUGUUUUAGUAUGAUCAGGGCGUGAGUUGGGGUGGGCAGUCUAUGUUUGUUUUUCUAUGUUGGUUUUUGUGUUCGGCCUGGUACAGCAAGGGACCAUGGGCACAGGCUGGAGAAUAUCGCUGCCCCAAGGCUGAGCUGGAGGCAGCGAAAGCCGAGAGGCUCUGGUAUGAGGAAGCAGCACGGCGGCGCAGCUGAAAGCCCGAGAGGCAGCCCCAAAAGUUAUUGGGGGAGGCACACAGGGAGUGUGGCGAAGGCAGGUAGGAGACCUGCACCAACUUCCCGUGCUUACCGGAGAGAGAGAGGGACCGGGCAGGCA